AUGCAAGCAAAGAUCGAUCUGGCAACCUUUCUUCCACUGACGUUCAAGAUGGGGGGCAUCUACCACUUGUGCUACUCGGAUGAUGGUUCCUUUGAUCCUGGGCACACGGACAUCGUGCCUCAACGGAUAGAGGUCUACGGCAUUUAUGAUACCCGUACCGAGUGUGCGGAAGAUGAGACGUGUCUGACGAAGCGACCGUACAAGUGCUUCUUGCGACGGCAAGCCUUCAACAACAUGGAAGAUGCCUAUGAUGGCACAACAUCUUGUGUCAUUGACUACAGCUACGACGGAGCAGGCUUCAGAGGACUUCCUGGUGGAGGCAGAGGCUCUUGGACCGGUGAGUUUGCCACCAAUUAUGAUUCUAACGGCAUGGUCACCACAGAGAUCUUGCGGUCGUGCGGCUCUAGUGGUUUGGGCGACUUCCCUGCGGCGUUUCUUUGCAAUGCGGAUGGUCAAUGUGGCGAUCUGGCCACGAGGAAUCCUUACAUCGUUCCGGACCCGGUGCAUGCUUACAAGCGGAUGAAUGUUCCUCCUGGACGACCGGACUUGCAAGGGCCGACCUUCAAGGCCUAUGCAGUUGCAGCGUGCUACUGCCCUGAUUUCCAGAGAUGUGACUCUUUCAGCCCCGACUACGUGCAGCAGGUGGGGCUACUCUACUUCUUCGCAACCAAGGUGUGUCCCAACGGCUUCGAAGCCGUGGCAUGCGCACUGGACUUCACAGGUGCUGCGCCGCAACACCGAUUUGCGCUGAAAGUGGAAUGUCCCAGCACGGCCUGCACUUUUGCAGCGACAAGCCGCAUCAAAGUGGUGAUGCAGGAGGCCAACAACAACCUUCCGGACUGGGAUCCUUCGUCGGGAUGUGGUGCUGCAGUACAUGGCGUCAACGCAUUGGGUGUGCAGGUUUUGCCAUCAGACGACAACCCUGAUGUUGCUACAAUGAAUGGUGGCUUGCGCCAGGACUACAAAAUCUGGAACUUCAAGAACUCCUCCUCGGGCCUGAUCUUUGACACCAAAACAUCUGGUUUCCAAUUCAGGACGGGUCCCACAGAUCAUGAGCUUCGCAGCCGGUACUCGGGAGAGACCUUCGACGUCUGCUUCUGUGACGGUGGUUGCACGGUCACCGCGAAUUGGUUCAAGGUCGGUCAGCUGCGCUUCGCCCCCUUCCAGCCUGUCAGCGCAGCCUCCAACGUCUCUGUCCUGCAGGACGAGUUUAUCCUUGAGUACAUGAACACUCCUGGAACUUUCGGCUUCUAUCGUCCAUGGGUUGACUACGGUGUCAUGGGCUUGCAGGAAGGGGGUGCUUUGAAGCUGGUCUCGGAUCCUGACUUGACCAUGACGGACGAGGGCUGUGUCUCUGCGGAGUAUAGCCGAACCUUGGUGGACCCCAACACGCUGACCAUCCAGAACGCAGCUACAGCCUACAGCGGAAAAAACAAUGCGGCUGCUGAUGUAAACAAGCUCAUGUUCAACAAUGCAAUUAUGGCCAACACAAUCAUCGUGAACCAGGCUGGUUUCGUGGCGGUGUGUUACUGUGCACGACCGGUUGAAGACACUCCCGGAGUCUGUGCCCACGAUCAGUGGGUGAUGGUGAAUCGCCUGACCAUCAGAGGGCCGGGCCCUGGCCAAAGUUGGACAGUCUCCACGAAUGUCGUUUUCCGGAUUGAGUAUUCCGGAUGGGGUCUGGCGAAGGAUGACAAGGUUCGGAUUAUCCCGGCCACCUCCCAGUGCUCCGAUGUCAACGGCAACCCGCGGGCGGCGUGGGGCGUCACGAGCAUCAAAGUUGGCUGUCCGCAUCCGUGCUCGGAGGUCGGUGAGAUCAACGACGUUCUGAACGGAGAUAUCUCAGUUGGUGUCCUCUCAUCAGACUCCUACAUGUGCGACAUCCAGAAUGAAGGCUGCCGAACCAACGACAUCAAGGCGGUCACGGUGAUGGAUGAGUUCACCACAGAACUGGAGUUCGAGGCAUCCUCCACUCUCUCAGAUGGUGACUUGAUCACUCUUGGGGAGAAUUUCAUAUGCGCUCCGGGACAGACAGACGUCGUUUGCAACCACGAGCGUCUCUCUGUGCUCAGGGGUCGCUAUGACCUCGCGGACAGACUGGACAACCACAACUCGGCCCCGAACGAGUACAUUGCAGGUCAUGCUGUGACUGUGGAUCCUACGGAUUCCAAGAAGGUGACUAUUCGAGUUGGCUGGCCCGAUCCAAAGCCACAGUUCACAGUGCAGUACAUCAACAAUCGCCGAGGCCGCUGGCAACGGCACAGCAAGGCGAUCACCGCCGAAGAAAUCAUGGGCGAGAAAGAAAGGAUUGACAUGAAGGUCUGCUGGAAGUACACACCCGCCAUGGGUGAGUCGGGUCCGGCACCGCGGCAUGUAGCAGAGGUGGGCACGCUCACAAUGCUGGACCCGAAUGCCAUGAGCGAGUGUCUUGUAAGCCUGACCACGUUGGUGAAGAAGCAGAUGACGCCAUAUGCACCGAUGAUACUGUCGUUCAGGACUGCCACAGCUGAGACGGGAAAGCGAUACGAGUCUCUCGAGGGCCGGAUGCGCCUCAGGAUUUAUUUCGUCAGGACUGUGGCAUUGAGAGCCACUUUCACAGAUGGUGCGAUCAUUGAAGACAAUCAGGGAGAGGACGAGCUUAAUGAGGCCCGACAGUACAUUUGUGGCAAGCUCUUCCGGGAGGUGUGGUCGAGUGAUGAGGAGCUUGGCUUCCCCAUGCCCAGAGGCUGCUACUAUCGAACCUACGGCCAAACACAGGAGCUCAACAUGUUGUUCGACCGAAAGAAUGGACUCUCCCCGGGCAAAUACUACCAGGUUGUGCUUAUGGGCGUGGCUAUGGACGAGGCGAUCCGUGAUGGGGAGUACGUGCACAUCUUCACGACAGACGACGUGGACCUCCACCCAUACAUUGCCUUGGAGCGCGGUAUUGCAACGCUCUACAGAUCGCCACAGGACCCGGCUUAUGGUUCGCAAGGUGUGAAAUUUGCCGAAACCGACGGUGUGAAGAUUUCUAGCGGCUCGGGCACAGAGAUGCUGGAGCUGAAGGGUGGCACGGAGUUGAGACUUGAGCUCAAAGGCGACCCUUUGGGAGGUGGCAUCUCCGCGUCGGCAGUCUUGCGGCUGUACCUGUGGCCUUUGACGCAGUGGAAUGUUGCCAACGCCUGCACGGUCAUGUGCAUCGCCCACGACCAGGUCUCGGCACCCUGCGGGGCAGUUCAAGAUUGCAAGGGUGAUGCGAUCAUCCCCAACUUUCAGCAAAACUUCCUGCGCAUCGUGUUGCCAUCUGCGAUGGCAACGAUGACAGAGUUCAUCAGUCACACGCUUGUCUUGCCGGACUUGGUGCUGCCCACGGGCGGAUUCUUCUCCACUCGGCUUGCUGCUCAAAUCUCCAAGGCGGACGACACAAAGCCUCACUACACAGUCAGCAGUGGAGACUACAUCUACAAGAUGCAUGAUGAAGGUGUCGGUGUCGGCAAGCUCGUAGAGUUCUAUGGCGAUGGCGACCAAAGCCCAUACCGCGGGGAUGACCGAAACAUCCUGUACGCAAAUCUGGUGCUGCCGUCCACGCUCUUCGCAGCAGUGCAAACUGGUGACGCUUACAUGACAUUGACAUUACCCACGGGGUACGAGUGUGUGCGAACUCCCGACAUCAACGGCGAGUCGCCGUGGCGCGCGGAGGACGAUUUGGGCGUCUUCCAGGGCAAGAUUCCACAGGGUACUGGCUCACCUGACGAAGGGGGCGGCACAAGGGGUUGGUCGGUCAACGGAAACCAAUGUGUGUACACGCUGCGCCAGAAUGCAGUCAUCUAUGCCGGCAGCUCCUUGUACAUUCGGGUGACUGCCAACAACCCCGACACUGCACUGCAGCGGAUGGACCCAACGAACCGUUGGCAGGUGUCACUGACCAGUAAAGGUUACCACCAGUAUGAGGUCACCUUCCCUCCGGUGACCUUCAACACCGUGAUGCAAAACUUCAGCUCGAACACGGCAGUACUGGGAAAGAUCACGCAGCCCUUGAUAGUUCCUUCAAACUGGAUGUACUCGGAGGGAGGAGUUGUCAUGGCACAGGGCUUCCUGAACAUCUUCUUCCGGUCAGAGCAGGGCACAGGUGUGGAGUCGUCGGUGCAUGUUGAGGCGCCAGCAGGUUUCUCUUUCUCGCCGAACCCUUGCCGAGUUCAAGACUUGGAGGACGUGUAUUAUGCCACUCCAGGGCAGAUGGGAUCACCGACGCACCGCUUACCAGGCAUCGUGUCCUGCGAUCAUCGAAGCUUCCCCUACAACCACGCUGCUGUGAAGCUGACGGGUGCCAUCUUGUCGAAUUCCAAUUAUGCAUUUGGACUCUGGGUCUCGAAUGCGGAGGUGUAUGCGGACUCACAGCGAACCGGCUGGAGGAUUUACACAUUAGACAUGAACGACUUCAAGGUGGAUGGGACGCCAAUGCCGAUUCCGGCGUUGGCACACACAGCGACGAGUCUGACGAUGCCGGACACAAUGCUGAGUUUUGGACUCUACCGGGCACAGAUCAACACACAGACGACGCUAAACGUGCAGGUGUCCAUUGAAAGCACUGUUCCGUACACAAUGUCAAUGCAGAGAACAUGGGUGACCGUCCUUCCUUUGAGGGUCGGAGAGCAGAUCACCUCCACCCUGCGAGUAGCAGCACCCAUGGGGUACGAGUGGGAUUUUGCGAAUUCCGAAUUCCGUCACCUCGCUCCCUUCCCGAAUACGACGGAGAGCCUCUGGCUGAUGGGUACCACGGGAACGCUUCCAGGCAGAUAUCCGCAGCGGCAGGGAAACGUCUUGCUGUGGAACCAGGCGAGGAUGUAUUGGCCCAACGAGACUUACGGGUUUCAGACGUACAUCCGCGUCCCCGACCGGACUCCAAGCGCUGCUCCGAAUUGGUUCAUCUUCGAGUUUGGCUUCGAUGGCAACUCACUGGCCACAAGGCAUGCAGCUUCAGCGGUUCCGGCUCCGGCGGUGCAGUCGUUGACCAACGCCGCUAUGGAGUACAACACGAACGUGGAGGGGAAGGUGAAUCCGAUCGUUUUCCAGAUCCAGACCAUCAGCCAGAUCCCGGCGGGCGGCGGGCUUCUCAUCGAGGGCCCGCUCGGCUUCGAGUUCCCGAAUCCCUGCACUCCAGAGGUGGCUCCAGCUGCUCGCGGGGCGACGUAUCAGGUGGAGCCGAUGGCGGGGAGUGUUUUGAGUCUGCCAAUGGAAGUGGCAUGCAGCUAUCAGCAGACGACUGGCCCAACUGGCCGGAGCAUCGUCAGGCUAACUGCUGGCGCAUCCGGCAUCAUGCCCGGCCUUUACCGUUUCCAGUUGCUCGGGAAAAACCCUGCGACAGCAGUCGCCAAUUCCGUCGACAACACGAAGCCCUGCAUGAUGCAGUUCUGCUGGGACUUCCACUCCCUUCGGGUGAUUGGCAAUGUCAACACCAAGCUGGACUCAAGCAUUAGCAUCCCUUCUUUCGACAUCAAUGUGAAGAUGGUCGAGGCCCUCAUACCGGAGCUGACCAGAGAACAGCAGGCAGCCACCGGAAGAGAUGACCGGCCCCUGAGCAGAAAUCCCUUGGUCUUCAAGUUCAAGCUGGGGAGCGCUGCCAUCUUUUCGGGGACAAUGCUGAUCAGGGGGCCCUUGGGCACCAUCUUCCGGGAAGACUGCGCAGAGGACGUUGAAGUGCGACCCACUGAGGUGUUUGGAACAGGGCAGAUGCUACCGGAAGAGUAUGCAGUUUGGCCGCAGGGUGUCGAGAUAGUGAGCUGCAGAGGUGAAGGUCCAGAUGCAAGGAUAGUGAUCGAUCCUGGAGUUACGGACGGCCUAUUGUUCGAGGUCUUCUACCCGAUUCGUGUGGCCGUCUUGCACAAUCCAGUCGUGCAGCCCAUCGACAACAGGUGGACUUUGGACUUCAAUGGAGAGUCUUCCGACCCUUUUGAUGGCUACAUGUUAUGGACAUUCACCAGGACAUCGUUGCUGACUGCGACGAUGGGCCGCUCGACAACGGUGACAGGUGAUCCCUUUUUGUCGAAUCCUGUGACUUUCACAUUCCGUCCGAAAAACACGGUGAAAGGUGCUGGCAUGAUCAUCCGGGUGCAUGCUGCCAUGAUUUGCUUUCGCGGUUUGUGCUGUGUUCGUUUGGCAUCACUAUCUGAGAAGACGUUAUGCCAUCUGUUUACAUGA